GUCCAAAUGUCGAGAGUUUAACGAAAUUACGCCGGGAAUUAUUAGAAAUUACCUUUAUUAUUUUACAUUCAAUAACAAACACUAAAUACAAUGAAACGCCUCGUUUAACGCUAUGUUAAUUUAAAAAAUAAUAUUUUUUCGAGAAAAAAACACCAGCCAAUAGAAUUGCCCCGCCGCGUGUCCUCCUCCAGUCACGUGUCACCGGGUGAAAAUGGCCGCCGUCCUGUUGGUGUGAGUGGACUGAUAUACAGGUUCAAAACUUGACAGAAACCAUGGCGGCACUCUUUCUGCUGAAGAGAUCACUGAGCAGGCUCUCACCAGGAAUCAAUGGACAGGUGCUCCGCUGUCAGUACCACACCCAGAGAGGUGUGUACGGAUACCGACCCAAACAGAGCGACCGGGACCAGCAGGCGGAGAGACAGCGCAUCGCUGCACGUUACCAAGAUCAUGCUCUUGCACACGUGGUGGAGACUUACAGAGCACAUGGACACAAGGCUGCUAAAAUUAACCCCUUGCUGCCUCAGAAACCUGUCAUGGACAGUGUUCCAGAGAUCAACAUGCUGAGCGGCACCAUCAGAGGACAACUCAAUACAUCAGGUCUAAGACACUUUGAAAGGACAGAGGCUUCGCUGGAAGAAGUUCAGUCCUACUUGGAAACAACCUACUGCGGCCACCUGUCCGUGGAGACCAGUCAGCUGAGCAGCCAGGAGGAGAGAGAGUGGUUCGCCGACCGCUUCGAGGAGCUCAAGAAGACAAGUUUCUCUCCGGAGGAGAGGAAGCAGCUGGCCAAGGUCAUGCUGGAAUCUCAGGAAUUUGAUCACUUUCUAGCUACAAAGUUCUCCACGGUGAAACGUUACGGAGGCGAAGGCGCAGAGAGCAUGAUGGGAUUUUUCUACGAGCUGUUCAACCAGUCCGCCCACAGUGGUGUCACGGACGUAGUCAUCGGCAUGCCUCACCGAGGCAGACUGAACCUCCUGACAGGCCUGCUCAAGUUCCCACCAGAGCUCAUGUUCCGUAAGAUGCGAGGCCUCAGCGAGUUCCAUGACAGCUCACCCGCCAUUGGGGACGUGCUCUCCCACCUGACCUCCUCAGUGGAGUUGGAUUUCGGAGCUGGACACCUUCUCCAUGUGACCAUGCUGCCCAACCCUUCUCACCUUGAGGCCAUUAACCCUGUAGCUCAGGGCAAAACCCGAGCCAGACAGCAGCUCAGGAAGGAGGGAGACUAUUCACCUGAAGAACAUGCUCAGCCAGGAGACCAAGUCAUCUGCCUGCAGAUCCACGGUGACGGCUCUUUCCCCGGGCAGGGGAUCGUUCCAGAAACUCUGACUCUCUCAAAUCUCCCUCACUACAGGGUGGGUGGGAGCAUCCAUCUCAUUGUGAACAACCAAGUGGGCUACACCACCCCAUCCGAGAGGGCGAGAUCCUCCUUGUACUGCAGUGAUGUUGGUAAUAUGAUAAACUGCGCUGUGAUCCACGUGAACGGUGACGACGCAGAGGAGGUGCUGCGAGCCACGCGGCUGGCGGUGGAGUACCAAAGGCGUUACAGGAAAGACGUCAUCCUAGAUCUGGUCUGUUACCGUCAGUGGGGCCACAACGAGCUGGACGAGCCUUUCUUCACCAACCCGGCCAUGUACAAGAUCAUCCGCGCCCGUCAGAGCGUCCCUGACUCCUACUCGAGUCAACUAAUCUCCGAGGGUCUUAUGACCGAGGCUGAACGCGAUGAGAUUAAGUCCAAACACUACGGCAUGCUGAACGACAAGCUGGCCAACAUGACUGUGUACACCCCCCCGCCCACCAACCUGCAGGGGCGUUGGGGAGAUCUGGUCGAGCCCCAGGCCAAAGUGACAACCUGGGACACUGGUGUCCCCAUCCCUCUGCUGCAGUUUGUGGGAGCCAAGUCUGUUUCCGUCCCUGAGCAAAUCCAACUGCACAGUCAUCUCGGAAAAACCCACGUGCAGGCUCGGCUUCAGAAGUUAGAAGAAGGGACCAAACUGGACUGGUCCACGGCAGAAGCCUUGGCUUUUGGCUCUCUUCUGUCUCAAGGUUUCAACAUUCGAAUCAGCGGGCAGGACGUCGGCAGAGGCACAUUUAGUCAACGUCACGCCAUGUUGGUGUGUCAGGAAACCAAUGACAUGUUCAUCCCACUGAACAACAUCAGUCCUCAGCAGACCGGUUUCCUGGAGGUGUGUAACAGUCCUCUGUCCGAGGAGGCGGUGCUCGGAUUUGAGUACGGCAUGAGCAUCGCACAGCCAAUGCUGCUUCCCAUCUGGGAAGCUCAGUUUGGAGAUUUCUUCAACGGAGCUCAGAUCAUCUUCGAUACCUUCAUCUCUGGAGGUGAAGCUAAGUGGCUGCUGCAGUGUGGCAUGGUGAUUCUGCUGCCUCACGGCUACGAUGGAGCUGGGCCUGAACACUCUUCGUGUCGCAUGGAGCGCUUCCUCCAGGUCUGUUGUCUCUCAAUGUCUGUUACUAAUAAAUCAACCCCGGCUCAGUACUUCCGCCUGCUGAGGCGGCAGAUGAUCCGAAACUUCCGCAAACCUCUGAUCGUGGUCGGCCCCAAGACACUGCUCAGAUUUUCUGGGGCAGUGUCCAGUUUAGAGGAGAUGGCACCUGGUACCUCUUUCAGACCAGUGUUGGGUGAUACCUCAGUCUCAGCCGAAAGUGUCCAGAGGGUGGUGCUGUGUUCGGGGAAACACUACUACGCUCUGCUGAAACAGAGAGAAGCAUCAGCAGCCAACCAGAACACUGCCCUGGUUCGUGUGGAGGAGCUGUGUCCGUUUCCUCUGGCGGCUCUGCAGCAGGAGCUAAACAAGUAUCCCAAUGCUAAAGAGUUUGUCUGGAGUCAGGAGGAGCCUCAGAACAUGGGCGCCUGGUCUUUUGUGAAUCCCCGGUUCGAGAAGCAGCUGUCCUGCAAGCUCCGGUUAGUGAGCCGCCCUGCUCUGCCUGCCCCGGCUGUUGGCAUCGGGACCCUGCACCACCAGCAGCAGGAGGCCAUUCUCACUGCAACGUUCUCCUAAGACAUGUCAGAGACAUGGGAACCAGAGAACCUCCCUCACACUACCUACUGUCAGCUGAAACUGAGUGGAAUAUACUAAACAAGAGGCCUUUAAAUACCGAGCACAGAUUUGACACCAACUGGUCGACGAUUCAAAAAAGAAAAUCAAAGUGUGUCCAGGGAGGAAAGCAUUGGUAAUGUUUUAUUAAUAACUGAAGUCGAUCACAAGCUUUGAAUAUUUAUAUGAUAAAAAGCGAAAGCCUGAAACCCUGUUUAAAUAUGUUUACCUCAUCUUGAAGCACUACAUGAGGCUGGCAGCCCCCCUGUUAACAUGGUUCACAUCUGAAUCAAGGCCUUGUAAUAAAUACGCACUUUUAGCUGACCAUCAUGUUUGUAGAACUCAGGAUUCCGUCCGACUUAAGGGCUGUGUUGAUGGUCCAAAUCACUAAACUCCCGCUUCUUCUUGAAUCUGUAUCAAAUAGAAAGGCGACGUCAACUGACCGAGCAUUACUGUUGCGUUUGUGUAACGGAUGACCAUGAUUUACGUCAACCUCAGUAGAUUUAACACUGAAAUGUUUUCUGAGUUGUUACAGCUGCGAAAUGUUGUUUUUUUUUUUCCCCCUCAAGGUGUAGAUUUAUAUUUGGGAUAAAUAAUGGUACUUGGUGCUGAAGCUAGGUCUUAAAUGUUCUCCAAAACCAAGAUUCGGAACGUUAAACGAGUGUAAAUAAUCAGAUGAAUGAAUUUAGUUUUUCCAGAACAAUCUCAAUUCUGUGUGUUUAUCAUAGGCUGUGGUGAAAAUAUUGAGAUUUAUAUAGGUGUUAUUAUUAUUAUUAUUAUUAUUUCUCCCACUUUGUUUUCAAUACUUAAAGAGCUUUAAGAGGCGCACAGUGUCUUUUGUUGCAGGUAAAUUCUUGGGUCAACAAAACUUUAUCUAAAAUAAAGUUUCAUUGUUUGGA